GCGCUGCUGCGCCUUGGAGGUGGGGGUCUGGCCUGAGCCCCGCUGCCUCCGCCCCCGCCGGGAGAGGGGCUGCUCCAGCGCGGCGGGGGCCGCCUGCGGGGCCGGACCGGCCUCUCCUCCCCGAGGAGGCGGGAAGCGAGCUCCGCGGGGCCCGGCGGUAUGUGGAGGAGGCAGCCGGGCCGGGCAGCCGGUGAGGUGGAGCCGCCGCCGGAUAGCGGGAGGAGACGGGGGGGAGCGAUGGAGCCGCCAGAGCCGCUUCCCCCGGCCGCCUGCGCCGCCGAGUGAGGGAGGCCCCAGAGCUGCCACCCCGCCGGGGGAGACCGAGGCUGCGGUGAGCGGUGCUGCAGGGCCCGCAGGAAGAUACAAAAGUUUUAUAUGGCUCACAACUGACAACAUGCACCAUCAGUGGCUGCUGUUAGCUGCAUGCUUCUGGGUGAUAUUCAUGUUCAUGGUUGCUAGCAAGUUCAUCACACUGACUUUUAAAGACCCAGAUGUAUAUGGUGUCAAGCAAGAGCCAUUAAUGCUGACGGCUAUGACAAAAGUUGAAAAGAUACAAGUGCCAGAGGAGAAAUGUUUGCCUGAAGAAUUUCAGCCGACUGGAAACGUUUUUUCUGAAGAUCCGAUGCACCAACCCCUGGUCCAUGUGAAAAGGAUUGAGCUUCUCAAGAAUGUGUGCAGAGAUGCAGCGUUGAGAAAUCUCUCUCAUACUACCAUUUCCAAGUUUGUCUUGGACCGAAUAUUUGUUUGUGACAAGCACAAGAUCCUGUUCUGUCAGACUCCGAAAGUGGGCAACACUCAAUGGAAAAAAGUCUUGAUUGUUUUAAAUGGAGCAUUUUCUUCCAUAGAAGAGAUCCCAGAGAACAUAGUACAUGACCAUGAGAAGAACGGACUUCCACGCUUAUCCUCCUUCAGUGAUUCUGAAAUUCAAAAACGACUGAAUUUAUACUUCAAGUUUUUUAUUGUAAGAGAUCCAUUUGAAAGACUUAUUUCUGCAUUUAAGGACAAGUUUGUCCACAAUCCUCGAUUUGAACCUUGGUACAGGCAUGAAAUUGCUCCUGGCAUUAUUCGGAAAUACAGGAAGAAUCGCACAGAGACCAGGGGGCUGCAGUUUGAGGACUUUGUGCGCUAUUUGGGGGACCCUAACCACCGAUGGCUAGAUGUUCAGUUUGGUGAUCACAUAAUUCAUUGGGUAACAUACGUGGAACUUUGUGCCCCAUGUGAAAUAACAUAUAGUGUGAUUGGACACCAUGAAACCCUGGAGGAUGAUGCUCCAUAUAUCUUGAAAGAAGCAGGAAUAGACCAUCUGGUAUCAUAUCCCACAAUUCCACCAGGAAUAACGGUAUACAACAAAACAAAGGUAGAGCGUUAUUUCUCAGGCAUUAGCAAGAGAGAUAUAAGACACCUAUAUGCCCGCUUUGAAGGAGACUUUAAACUCUUUGGAUAUCAGGAACCAGAUUUCUUGCUAAACUGAUGCCUAGAAACUGUGAAGACGUGUCUAUCAGAUUAAACUAAAGCAUAUGAAUACCAGCUGCAGCACUGACAGAACUGAGAUUAACAAUACUGUACCAUUGUUUUCUAGUUUUUUGAUGUUGCUCCAUUUUUCAGUGGAAUAUUUGUCACACGAACAAUUAGGGGUUCCUAACUGUUAGCCACUGACCAUGUUUUCAACAUAUGACACUGAAGUCUUCUAUUGUGAAUUAAAUCUGACACUUAUCCUCUUUUCCCGAGGAAAAAGAGGAAGAAACCAAUAGGCUAUAAAAGAACAUCAAAUAGAAUGCAAUGUAAAAUGUUGUAAAGCAUUUUGUAAAGAUACCAGUUUUGCUGUAGUAUAGCUUUGGGAAAUGUAAGGGGACCUGAUGCUUAUAAAAAAGAAAUGUGGAGUCUCUCAUGGGCUAUGAAAACUAGAGGCUGACAAAGGACCAAAAACUGACAAUGCGCUAGAUGAGCAAAAGAUGUCCAGAGUCUGCUGUGUGGCUGCUAUAAUCGUUGUGCUGAGCUACUGCUGUUUUUUGCGAUACACAUAAAAUGAGUCUAACUUGACAGAAGCUUCAGUCCUAUCCAAAAAGGGCAGAUUCCAGAGGCCGUUUGUUUUUAUUUUGUGUCAUGGCGUUAUCUGUACUUACUACUGGUCCAUCAGGCCACAUAGUUGUUCAUUUUUUUAAUUGUUAACUUCCAAGUUUGUAUAUUGUCUGAAAACUUGAGGUGGAGCAUAGAUCCCAACAAGAAACUCGGAAGGAUUGUUGGGGAGACUUUGAGGAAAACUAAUUAAAAAGUAAAGAUGAAUUGUAUUUGCAAGAGCAAAUAUAGAAGCCAAGACCCGCUUUCUAAAUACUGUGCAUUUUAACAUUGUUUAUUUUCUAAUGUUUCAGGCUGUUACAAAUAUUAAAUAAGCCAUGAAAACAAGAAAGCAUAUGAACAUAAAAGUUGCCAUAAUUAUUUGGACCAAUCGUCCAGCCACUCCAGUAUCCUGCUCCCAGCAGUGAUCAGUACCUGAUGCUUCAGAGAAAAACAAAUCCCCUCCCAAAAUGUACCUCCCCAAUUCUAAAUGGGUAGAUUCAUUCUAGACUCUUCCCGGUGAUCAGUUGGCAUAAUGCCCUAAAUCAAAGGUGCCCAAACUUUUUGCCACCAGCUUUGGCAACUUGCCAGGAGUUCAAGAGCUACACUUGUGCAUAAAUUUUAAAAGCAAAAUUAAAUUAACACAACCAUAGUAUUUGCCUGUGCGUGCAUUGUUCCUGUUUGAUUACGAGAAGUCUUUUUGUUUUUUAAUUCACCAGCAAUAAAAACCUGUGGUUGAUCAGCUUUGCCCCCAUCCUGCAGUAAGUCGCAGAGGGAAGACCACAGUUGCAUUUUAGGAAUCGCAGAGUCAUAUUUGGCUGCCGAGCUGCAUUUUUGGCAUCUCUCUCCUAAAGGAUGAAUUUUGAAUAUAAUAGUGUCUCAGCUUACAUGGAUAGAAUCAUUAAAAAUGGCCAUAAAGUUAUGGGGUCUCUCAUUCUAAAUCCAGCCACAGUAUUUGUCUGGAUAGCCUCCUGUGGCAGGGCAAAGGAAGUAUCUUACACCUGUGAACUUAAAAAAGGAAAACCGGUGCCAAAUCGGACAUGGGCUGCUGUUCGCAAAAAGGAAGUGCUUUAGUAGCUGGAUGUGAUUCCAGAAGCAUAUUGACAGACUGAUUGGUAGAAGGGAGAAUUGUUACUGGGCAUUGUUACAAAAGAACAGUCUAAGGUGGCAAAGCUUGAAGUGCUCUUGUUUUUCAUGAAAAAGCAGCAGUUACAAUGACUUAGAUUUGUUAUUUCUUAACUGGUAAUUAAAGUAUGUAACAGCUCAGUUAUUUUUAUAUGAAGUCAUAGAAAAGUAUAUUGUUAAAUGCAUUUCAGAGCUAAUGAGCUGAUUACCUCUCUACUGUAUUAAAAUGUAACAAUGUGAAUAAUGUAUAGUGAAUUAAGGCCUUAAAGUUUAAUCCUAAUAAAGGUGAAGUAGAAUUUUUCUCUCUCAAGCAAAAGAUACUGAUCACAUAA